AGGACGAAACCUAUCCGAUUCCGUUGCAGCUAUCAUUAGAUUUUGCACAGGCAUAUACAUCAGUUUACUUUUUGACCAUUUGAGUGCACACACCAGACGCCAGUUGUUAUUGUUGUUGUUGGGUUUUUUUUUAAAGCGAAGCAUUAGGUGAAUUGAAGUACAGAAAGAAAAAAAGUCAGAAGCGGGUGGGGGAUUAGCAGGGUAACCUCAUGAUACAUGCUCCCUGCUCUUGCGCUUCCUCAAUCGCGAGGGAGAGGCGAACGCGAGGCGCGGACCCUGCCGCGCGCAGCACGGAGGACUUUUAGGCGUUGAAUGUCGGCGGUGAGCUAGCAGCGUCUGCUUCUGAGUGGACCGGGCAGUCAUUUACUUUUUAAUACGGUUUAAAAGAAGUCCCUGCGAUGAACUUGUGAGAACUGGCGAGCGGAAGUUUGUGCAGUACGUAGGCUGAGAAAGAGAUUUGCUUGUUGACAAAUUCUGUUUACUGUAAAGGAAGAGCAAUUAAAAUGGACACUCAUGUCAAAGAGGGACAACUUUAUGUCCAGCACCAGAAGUUUGGAAAGAAAUGGAAGAAGAACUGGUUUGUGUUGUAUCCAGCGAGUCAGAAUGGCAUUGCACGCCUGGAGUUCUUCGACUGCAGCGGUGGAGGCACCGAGAAGCCCAGCACUAAAAAACUGGACAAAAAGAUCAUCCGCUUGUCAGAGUGCAUCAGCAUCCUCCCCGCCCUGACCGAAACCUGCCCCAAAGACAACAUGGCCGCCUUCUGCGUGGAGACCAAUGACAAGACACAUGUGUUUGCAGCCGAAAAGCACGUCACCACUGAGUGGGUGGAGAAGAUGUGUGAGAUUGCCUUUCAGGGAAGGAGCGGUGCUCUCAAUAGUACUGACUCGAAUGGACAGCAAGAGCUUCAGAUGGCUGAGAACCUCAUCUAUUAUUCCAGAGAGGAAGUGAAUGAAUUCUGGGUGAGUGUCCAAAGAACAGAAGCAUCUGAACGUUGUGGUCUGUUGGGCAAUUACUGGCUUAAAGCAGACAGAGAGAGUCUGAUACUGAAGGAGCCUAAGACUAAAAGGAACUUACUAGUGUGGCCAUACAAACUCUUACGUCGCUAUGGCAGAGAUCGAGUGAUGUUCUCAUUUGAGGCUGGACGACGUUGCGAUUCUGGCCCAGGGAAUUUUACUUUUGAGACGAAGCAGGGGAACGAGAUCUUCCAGAUUGUGGAGGGUGCCAUCCGUGAGCAGAAGGCCCAGGCUGAGGACAGACACCAGAGUUGCCCCUCGUUUGAUGGCGACUGCCCCACUCUGCAGCAGAUUCGUGCUGCUAUCUCUGAGGGAAGCAGCCGAGAGCCAGAUGGAGACUCCGGUGGCAGUAAGCCAGGGUCUGCAGAUGGUGUCAUCGGUCGAAGGGAAGGUGAAGGCAAGAAUUUGAAGGGGCGGAGCUUGCCAGAGCCACCGGCUCCUAUUGUGAAAACACCACCCCGGUCCCCAAUGCCUCGUGGACCAAAAAGUGGAACUUCACCAGAGGAACAAGUGAAUCUGUACUCUGAGCCUGCUGAUUCAGUUCGUCUGCCACCUAAUCUUGGGGAAUGUCUUUAUUCUGACCCUGUAGACAGCAUCAAACCCACACCAACACCCAGCCCACGGCUGCGUCCACCCGGGGAUGAGGGGAGCAUCCGACAACAAGGCAACAAGCCUGAGCCUUUCUAUGCAGACAUCUAUGACCGAGUCACCCUUGACUUGAUUCCAAGAACAGGACUAUUGGGACUUGAUGGAUGGAGCAAGCGUCUUGCAGAAGGAACCCCAGCGGAGCAUAUCUACGAUGAGCCUGAAGGAAGAGCAGGUCCUCCCCCAGGUCAGCCUGUCAUCUCACUAUAUGAUGAGGCACGACUCGAGACUCAUCCCUGGAGAACCAGGGGACUUGAAGAACCUCAGAGUCAUGAGAUGCUUUACAAUGCCAAUACAGAUGACUAUAGCAUUCCUUCCUUUAACAAAACACUUCCACCCCCAGCUGUGGGCAGACCUAAAGGUCCAAAGCCCCUCACAGCCCCUAAACCAGUUAAGGGAGUACCUCCUAGGAAAGACCCUCCUCCACUGCCCCAAGGUAAAGCUGGAGCUAACCUGAACAACAACAAUAGCAGCACCACUAACUAUAAUGGUGGAGAAGGGAUUGGAAAUGGAGGAAGUGGUGGAGGAAAAGUAGGGAAGCAGGUAGAGGUUUAUAGUAAAGUGUCUAGGGGCAAGCCCCCAGCCAAUGCUUGGCACCCUGCUAUGCAAACCCCAGAUAUUAUAUACGAUAACUUGGGUGACAUCUAAUCCUAAUCCUACACGUCGUCUAAUGGCCCAAAUGCAUUGUGGUGGCUCAUCUUUGACAUAUGAACGUAGUUUCAGUAGUCAGGUGAGCAUACAUAUUCUGCAGUAUGUUUGGAAAGCCUUUCAUGUUGGCAAGUAGAAGAUUACUUGAGUGACUGAAAAAAAUGUAAGUGAGCAAGCAAAAGGGUACAGUUUCAUGUCAACUAUAUCUGGCAUCAUAGAUGAUGUGCUGUGGUUCAUGAUUAAUGGCACAGGAAGGUUUUUUUCCACUACGAAGGACAAUAGAACUGCAUGUUUUGCAGGAAAUAAAUGUGACUUCCAGAACGCAUUACUUGUGUGUUUGGGAUGUCUUGAGUAAAAUAUAUCAUAAAUUUGCACUUGUUUUAUCAGUUUCUCCUUCUAUGUGAAUCAUUAUGAGUCUGUGACUUGUGUUUUAGGAACUAUAAAGCCUUUAAAUGUCAGAAAUCAAAAUUGAAAGAGAAAGGAGUUUGUUUUACAAUGUCUGACAAUUCAACCUGGAUAGAAAAUGUUCAUAAUUAUAUGGGCAAUCAUUGCACACAUUUACAUUGUUUUUAUAUGGAGAUUAUAAAUGUAGCAAUUUACUAAUCCACUGCUAUGUGUGGGUAGGAGUAGGCCAAAACAGCUGUGCUGUUGGUUAUAUGAUGGUAAUUAUGAUUAUAACAAUAAUAAAAUGAUGCAUAGGAAAAACAAA